AUGUUCGUCCAAAAGUUUGUCAGUCUUGCACUCCGACUCCACGUCCUCUCCACAAUCGCGCUCACGGCAUCCCUUCCUGCCCACGUAUUCUCUCCGGCACUGGUGAGCAGCUUAUCGUUACAGUCCAAUUCAACGCUCCCGAUCAAUAUAACGCUCCUCGACACAUCAUCAUCAUCAUCAUCAUCAUCGAACAACCUCCCCAUCGAUCCCCUCUUGUUGAGAACGCCCGAAUCAACCGUCUUCCUCAAAGUCCACGGCUACGGUCCUCGCCUUCCGCCCCAAUCCACCUACCGCACCCUCCGAAAAGCAGUCGACGAUGUGCUCAGUCACAUCCGGGAAGAUCCAAGCGAGGGAAAAACACCCAUGGAGCACCUGCCUCAAGGAUACUUCUAUGGCACUUUUGAUGUGGAGUUGUCGUUGAGGCCGAAGGAGGCGAUGACGUGGGGCAUGUGGGGGGAUACGCUCAGGGGAUUGAGGCGGUUUGGGGAGACUUGGGAAUUUGUGGGGUUGGCGUUCGAUGUUUUGGUUCGAGGGGAGGGGGAGGAGGAGACGAAAUGGGUGGGGAGUGGGCAGUUGGAGGGGAUUGCGUGA